AUGCAACUCAAAAACUUCUGCUUGCCUUGUCCUCCUUUACUGAACAGUCUCCUCUUUGCUUGUUUUGAGUCUGUAAAGAAACUGCUGUUUCAGGAAAACGAAACAUGCACACUCUGUCAGCAGAGAGUUUAUCCAAUGGAACGCCUAGUUGCCGACAAGCAAAAUUUUCAUAAAUCAUGUUUCCGAUGUCACCACUGUGGCAGUCAAUUAAGCUUGGGAAAUUAUGCAUCUCUCCAUGGACAAAUAUAUUGUAAACCCCAUUUUAAGCAACUUUUCAAAUCUAAAGGAAAUUAUGAUGAAGGUUUUGGACACAAGCAACAUAAAGAUUUAUGGAAGUCUAAAGAUCAAUGUAGCUCAGCUGGCAAUAUUCAUGCUGAAGAAAUAAAUCCUAUUAAUCAUACACCCGUUGAUCCUAAACUACUCAGAGAGACUGAUCAAGACUUGUACUCAGGUACUGAAGGAAUCCACCCUAACAUUUUAGAUAAUAAUUUGAUAAAAUCCACAGAAAGAGGUAAAUUAAAGAUGACAUGGCCCCCUUCAACAGGUGAUACAGCACCUAAGAAAACAUUCUCUAUUGAAGAAUCAGCAAAAAUAAAUAAGCCAAAGUGGCCCCCAGAAGGUUUGGCUCAAGAAGGUUCUAGGUUACAUGCCAAUAAACCUCUGGGCAAUGAAAAGAAUCUUCAGAAAGAAAAUGCUCCAGCGGAGCAGAAGGAGAAUGACACUGCAAGUACACAACAAAAUCAACACUCAGCCUUUACCUCCCUAUCUGCAAAAGAAGACACAAGUACCUGUAAAACUAAGGGCAAUACCAGAAAAAGUGAGGAAAUUGAGAACAAAACAUGUGGAUCAGAGAUUAGGGGGGAAACUGGAAAGUGUAUUAAUGAGAGUGACAACAUGAUAGGGCAUAGUACUGAGGAAGAGUGCAAGAAAAAAUAUAACGAAGCUGGUGAUUUUGAAGUUGUACAGGUUACUAAUAUUGACGAUGAGACGGUACAAAAGAAUCAUAAAGAGUUCCACUCGAAUAGCAACAACAAUAACAAUUACACCACAUUUUUGCAUCCAAACAUUUGUCGGCAGGAAACAACUCUCUCAGCUACAUCUAACCAAAUGACAGAAUUAAGCCAUGCAAUUUGCGCUGCACUGCAGCAUUCCUUUGAAAAACUGGAAAAUCAGUCUGGGAAUGAAGAAAUAUUUCAGAUAUAUGAAUCUUUUGAGAGCCAUUCUAGCAAUACAGUAACUGUUUCACUAGAGGAAUGGAGUUCAAAAGAUGCUGGUACCUCUAUUAGUCUUCCUCAAUUUAAUAAAGAUGCCACUUGUCCAAAAUCUUGUACUAAUAGCACAUUAGUUAUAAAGCAGAUAACUAAUACAACAUUCCCUGUUGAUACUGAGUUGGUAUGCAUUGGAAAAGAAUCAAGAAGUGACAAAAAUUUAAAUACUAUUUUAUCUGACACUGUGAAAGCAUUAUUUCUUAAAGAAGACUACCUUGUUUCAGACGUUAUUCUGAUAGACUCUGUGGACAGAACCAAACAUUCCUCCAGACCACAUUCAAAAGAACAAACGAAUUGUGAUAAGGAACUGAAUGAUGUUAAUGUCUCUCAAGAAGACAAAAUAGGCAAAAGGUACAAGAAUGACAGAAGCACAACUUUAGAGUUACUGAACUCAAGAUAUACAACCUUUCCAUCAUCCCAAGAAGAGAAAGUAAAAUCCAAAUAG